UUCCUUUGGCAUAGAUUUCCCGGCGCCCAUGUUCCUUCAAUGUAUGUACAUGCAUAUUUGAUAUUCCUACCCCCCCUCCCCCCAUCCCUGUGUGAAUGACUUUGUGAUGUGAAUUUAUUUUCUUUUUUGUUAUUACCAAUCUCCGGGCGCCAAGCUAGAAAACGACAAGACCAUUUUAAUAAAUUUGUAGAAUGAUUCAGCCUCUAUUUGAUCUAACUGACCUCCAGUUAAUGAGGCCGGCGAUUACCUAUCAUUAUCAUUAAGCAUUUUCUGCCAUAUCAAACGUACCGGAAUAAGGAAUUUACAAAAAAAAAAUGCUAAUGGUUUUGUUUAAUAUUUUACAGAUGCAACGAACCAGGUUCUAUGGAAAUCUUGGAUAUCUAUCAUGAGUCUGUUUUGAUUGACAGUUCCGAUACUUGAGGAAAUUUCAGUUUGUCAAACGGAAACAAAUUGGUGGGUUCAGAACAAAUACGUAUAAGUAACCAGUCUUUAUAUGAAACUCUCUCGUCGAUGUUUGACUAUUAAGUGAUACCUGAGCCAUUACCACAAAUUGGAGACCAAAUUUCAAACCGGACUCGUCAUAAGACAGAAUACGUCGCGAGUGUAUACUGACUUUGAUAUCGACUGAAACCCUGCAGAUCGACAGAACGUUGAAAGCGUACAUGUCCUGCCCUGACUAGUGUUCCAUACCGGACAAAAACAAAUAAGCUUUUAAGAACUAAAAUGAUUAAGUAAGUCCAGUAUCAAUUAUUCAAUCUUAAAUCCCUGAUUUGAUGGCUUAAUCGAAAUGGAAAACACGAGUGAUACUCAUCGAAACACCUCCAGCUGCUGCGAAGAUCAAGAUUUGUACGAUAUAAGUGAACAUCCCAUGCAUUCGAUUGCAUGGCUCGCCACUGUCCCUUUGACUCUUUCGAUAAUAAUCGCGGUCACUGUAGUGGGGAACGCGAUGGUGAUUACAGCUUACUUUUGGGACAAACGCAUCAGGAAUAAUGUAGCGAACCUCUUCAUCUUAAACCUUGCAAUAACAGACUUUGUCGUCGGUGCUUUCAUCAUUUCGAUUAACACUGCCUGGAUCAUGAAGGACGUCUGGGCCUAUGGAGAAGUGUUCUGCAAAAUCUGGCUAGACGUCGAUUUCGUAGUUACCAUGAUGUCUACGCUCACCAUGGUACUCAUCAGCUGGGACCGUUACUGUCUCCUGACGAUGGGGAUGCGGUAUAAAACAUUCCAAACGAAAAAGCGUAUUUGCGUGAUCCUUGCCAUUUCUUGGACAAUUCAUAUUCUGAUAUACACAUUCCUUGCUUUUGCAUGGAGUCCCAUUACCGGUGAAUAUAACGUAGAUUAUUCACAAAACUGUGAAAUGGAGUUUACAUACAACCUGGUCGCAACGAUCGUCAUCAACAUUUUUGGAUUCUUCAUUCCAUUUGCUAUCUUAAUUAUCCUUAACAUUGCUGUGUACAGUAACAUAAAACGAAGGUCCAGGGGUACCGUCGGCCAAAGCACUUCAAGUUCAAUAAAUACGUCGGCUAGGUCACCAAAGAAAAGCUUUGGGCCUAGAUCUCCAAGGAGGAUAAACUACCGUCAUCCCGACGGUCCAUCUGGCCCAGUAGCAGUCUCGCCUAGCCGCGGUGGUGAUGCUACUGCAGCAAAUGUAACUACCGAGCUUACUGACAACCGCGCAGGUGGAGAAAACCCCCUCACAAGAGAACUGUCAAAUGAAAGAACCUCUACUUCAAAGAAAGCAGGUCGAACAUUCGCUAGGCAUCGAAAAGCAGCCUUCGUGUUAGCAAUCCUUAUCGGCUGUUUCAUUCUCUGUUGGUUACCCUACCAAGUAACAAGCGUCAUGUAUGCAGUUUGUGAUACCGAUUGCGUCUCCACUCGUUUGUGGGAGGUCGCGAAUUUACUUCUUUGGUGUAACUCAACCAUUAAUCCCUUUAUCUAUGCUGCUACUAAUGUCCACUUUCGUCGGAACUUUAGGAAGUUUUUGUUGCUUGAUCGUUGGGCUUGUGACUUUAAAAAUUGUAAAAUGAAAUGUCAAAAUGCAAAUCAGAUUCAGGUUGCCACUGGAAGCCUUAAUGACAGCACGGUUACCUAAUAUCUGCAAACGAGCGUCUUCGAUCUAGAGAGUUUCCUUGGAAACAUGUCGGAAGGCCCAGACAAGAAACUUUUGUCAAUACAAUCAGACUUCUGCACAUCUUGCGCUUAUGACCCUGUCAUGCCUGUGGUGGAUAUAAAAAAAUGAAUUGGCACCAAUGGCUCUUAUAACGUCUAUUAAGGCACAGGUAAACAAUGAUUUGACUUUAAAAAAAAAGCAGCUGAAAGAUCCCAUUUAUCACCUGUGUCCGUGAUAUGUUAUAACAAUAAAGCCCAGAAAAUAAAUCGUACCCGAAAUUUGGCUUGUCCGCUGUAUCCGUUAUGAAUAAGUUUUGUGUCCGUCGGCUAGUGGACAAGGCCUUUAAAGGCCUGGUCCAACUGCACUUACGCAUGCAAACCGGAUGUAAAGCGUGAAAAAAACUUGCCAUCCGUUGGAAAACGCUAUGCAUCCGUUGUGUACUCAUCGCAAACGUGUUACAUACGCUCUACCCAUCGAGCAUCCAUCCACUGUGAUUUCAUCCGCGUACAGAGUUUUGAGCUGCACAAAACUUUUAGAACGGAUGAACGUUCCGCCGUGUACGAUGUAAAUCCACAAAACUACGAGAAACCAACGUCCCAUCUCCGUUAUCCGUUAAACGUCCGCUGUUUCUCUCUGCAUCUUCUGGGAAUCCUCGAAACUCAUAUUCACUGCAGCGGAACAACGGAAAGAGGGAUGAGAGAUAAGGUACAUGGAACGUCUAUAUAUCGUUAGUAGCGCGGAAAUAGAGAGGAUGUAUGCAUCUCGUCUAUAAAGUCUUUAAAACCCCCGGUAACGCCUUUGGAGCAGCCAUCCACUUCCAUCCCAUUUCAUCUGCUAGGCAUCUGAUGAACAUCCGUUUAACAUCCCGCUAAAUACUACCGACGUCCGUUAUUUAACGUUAUGUUUUCGGCAAAUUUUCGCUAAUUUUGUCCAUUUCUGGAGCGGAUGAAAACGGUUGAAGCCCCCCCCCCCCGAAAUUUUGCUUGUCUACUGUGACCCUUAGAGAUACGUUCUGCAUCCAGUGGGACGAGGCCUUUAGUAAAUUAUUUUUUUCAGUUUAUCUUGAAAGUGUCUGCACGUAUACAUGUUUUUUUUUUCUUCUUUGUGUAUGUUUUCUCAUCAAUAAGAACAAUAAUAAAUCCAGCAUGAAUUAAUGUUCAGUAUUAUUUUUUUUCCAAUUAUGACGUUUGCAAUGUUAACAUGCGCCUUUAAUCAAUAAUAAUAAUGUCAUAUUUUAUCCAUGGUAGCCACUUCAGUUCCAAAAACUGUUCUCCCAGCGGGCCCUGCUUAACAUAAUUACCCGGCAAAGAUCGAAAUUGCGCUACUCAAAAGUAGAAAAUGAUCGCUCUCUGAAAUUGAUCAGUCAUCAAGGUCCUCGAAUAUGGAAUUCUUUGAAUGCCAAUGUCACAUCAUGUUGCUACUUACACUGUAUUAAAGGAAGUGUAAGUCAAGCUUGCUAUCCACUUAUAGUCAUUAAUUUGUUUUCCUACAAUGUAUGCUCAUUCAUAUUAUACCCCCCCCCCCCUCCAUGUGUGAUUGACUUUGUGGUGUGAUUUUUUUUCUUCAUUUUUUUUCCUUCUGUUUGUUGAGAUUCUUUUGUCUUUUGUGAACACAGUUCACCUAUUUUUCUUACUGGGGUAGCGUUUUAACCCACAGGCGUUGCCCUUUAGUUCCCCCUUUUCCACAUCGACUUUGUACAUGAAUGAUUUAUGGAAUGCAUUUGUCAUCUACUGUAUUUAAAUAUGUUUAUUUCUAAUGAUUUGAAUUGCAUUUAUAUGAUCUUUUGUGUUGUAGAUUUGUAAAGUUUGAAUGUGUUGGAAAUAAAGACAUUGAAUUGCAUUGAAAUUAUUACCCCGGCUUUAGCACGGCCUAAUCAAUGUUAUGUUACAGCCCCACAAAUUGACUGUAGAUCAAUAAAGAAUGCCACGUUAUUACCCAUGGCAGAUAAUCGCUCGGCUUUGGAAUCGGUUUGUUUUACAUAAUUACGAAAAAUUAUUUGUGACUCGUUUAAGAAAUGUUCCAAGUGAAUAUAACCAUAUAAAUUUUUUUUUCUUCGAUACAAUUUGGUCACAUUCUAUGAAAAUUAUAUGUAAUGGCACAUGUUUAUAAUCUUAUUUCAAUACCUCGCUUCCUCCCGCCUGCCUGCAGUUUCCAAAGUUUACAAUUAAAGGGGAAGUUCACCCUGACAAAAAUUUUAUUAUAAAAAUAGCAGAAAAAAUUAUUUAAAAAAUAAUUCCUAAGGUUUAAGAAAACUCGAUCAAAGAAUUAAAAAGUGAUUAGAAUUUCAAUUAUUUGAUUUGUGACGUCAUAUGCGAGCCGCAUUCCUACAAAGCGAAUGGUAAAUCAUGAAAUGUCCUUUUCUCAGAAAGUGGUAAAUUAUUUUUUACUGUACCUAUUGUAAAUCAAUAGACAAAUCGUUUCACACCCGAUCAUGAAAAGAAAACAAAAAUAAGUCAUCAGAAACCUUUAAAAAGUAAAAUACAUGCAUUUUAUAUUACAUGACAUAGGGGGUAGCUGCUCAUUUAUGACGUCACAAAUCCAAAACUUAGAAUUCUAAUAACUUUUUUAAUCCUUAACGGAUUUUCCUCAAAAUCUUCACCAAUAUUUGUUUUAAUCAUUUUUCUCUGCAAUUUUUAGAAUAAACUUUUCUUUAGGGUGGACCGCCCCUUUAACUGGUAGCUACAUGUAUAUACGCGACAUAUUUUUUUAAAAGAAUAUCGACCACUGUUUAGGACAUAUAAUGUAAAAAACGGUAACCAUGGUAACAAUGCAUUGACGUGACCCUUCUAUUAGUCUAGAUCUGGACGUUGGUACUUAUUAGUUCGGAAAACCUAAAUUCACUCAUUGCAUAUGGUAUACACACCAAUACACCAGUCCUUCCUCUUUUCCCCUUCCCUUACACCUCGGUCACAUUUCCCCUACGGCGGCACUACGGCGAGUCGAAAUGAGCCGUUUAAUUCAUUUAAAACCACCUAAUAUGUCGCUGGUACAAAAAUGUUUUCGACUCGCCGUACGGCCGCCGUAGGGGAAAUGUGACUGAGGUAUUACUGAGUGGAGGGUCUUCGUUGCGAACAACUACUACCGUCGAGGGAUCCGCUACACAAAGGUUUGCGAUGAAUCGGAAAUAUGAAAGAUCCGCAAUGAUUGGUUCCCGGUCAGUAUUUUAAUCAGAGUAAGCAUGCAACGAUUAUCUUGAUUGGUCAUCGGUAUUUAGUGAUUGAUUGCAAACCUAUGUGUUACGGAGCCAAGAUAUAAACUACCCUUCUAUACAGGGGCCGCGGAACGGUUUUCAAAGUGAGGGGGGGCUGAGCCAAAAGUGGGGGGGCUGACCAUGCUAAAAAUCACAAUCAUAUGGUAAUUUUUACGUUUUUGGAAAAAAGUGGGGGGCUGAAGCCCCCCUCCAGCCCCCCCCCCCCGGUUCCGCGGCCCCUGCUAUAAGCAUAAGCGGAAUACAGUAAGAUAAGCACUUCGCGUUAGAUUUUGAUGUGUGAUUUCUACCGGGUGAUAUAAAAAAAAAAGGUACACUUUACAAUAAUAUUGGUCAAUUUAAUCAGAUAUUUGUCACGAAUAAUUAUAAUAAA